AUGAAAUUUUGGGAGGCGCAGCGUCUCAGAGGCCGUGUCAUCGUUUGCGGUGCUUGGGAUGUUUUGGGGCGGGCAGUGCAGCCUCCACCCACGCGCACUUUGUCCCUAGCGAUCCACUUGAUCUACGACGACUGGUCCACCAACCGCCAAGCCGGCCAGCGACUGGAUGCAUUGAACAGGCAAACCAAAUCAAAGCGUCUCCAGGCUGGCUCGCUGAGCCUCCCUUGUUAUUGGCCAGCUGUUGUGGCUAAUGCCCCUGAGCUUGACUCAAAACGGCUCUCUCUUCAUCUGUUUGUGCGCAACACCCCUGAAUGCGCCACAUGCAUGCGCCACACCUUCAUUGUUUUGGCCUGCCUGUGCCUCCCUUGCGCUUGUCAUCGGCCUCCACAAGAGCUCCAGAGCUCGGCCUCCGCUGGCGUAUACUUGGCUCCCAGGUCGGUUCCUCCGCUCCGCUCAGCCUCGCUCCCUCUCGGUGCCAACAGCGCCAACGCCGCGUUUAUUGUUCUGCCUACCAACUUUGUCGUGGUCUUCGGGGGCUUGGUCCUUGCUCCGCCUAGCAAUGACACCCGCGAGAUUGAACUCUCAACCGAACUGCCUCCGGCGAAACCCGGCAUCUUGGGGUCGGAACAACGGGGAAGCGCAAGCAUGAAAUGA